AAGAUGACUGCUAAAUUACCUGCAUGCUAGUGCAGUCUUGGUUUAGCUUGACUAACUGCAUAUCAGCUAGAUAUUUUGCAACACAUCAGCUGCAUAGUGCUACAACAAGAAAGGGGGUAGAACUUAAAAGGAGUCUGGGGUAUACUAAUUUUAGAAUUUGUAUUUCAAAUCUUUAAAAAAAAAAAAAAAAAAGCUAAAAAGGCAAUCAGAAUUGACAGUCCUGUUUUGGUAAUUCUAGCAAAGAGAUUCAUACUGCAAGUGGAUGGUCUAGAAGUAGAUCUAACAGGAAUAUAAGACCAAGGCUUUCCAGCUAAGUCUAUCUUGAGGAUGACACCAAGCAAAUAGGUUCUGCAAAGUUUCUUCAUUUCUCCCACAUCAAAUCAUCAAAUAUGCUGCCUAAAGAAAACAGCAGUGAGGGUAAAGCAGCCAAACUUAUGCAGUAUGAGAAGAAAAUCAGAGCUGCCAAGAAAGAAGAGACGCUGCACUAUGUGGAGCCACCAGAUGGAGGAUGGGGCUGGAUGGUGGUUCUGCACUGCUUCCUGGUGAACGUGCUAGUGAUGGGGACCUUGAAGACUUUUGGGAUCUUCUUCGUGGUGCUGCAGGACGAGUUUGGUGGCUCGUCUGAGAGCAUCAGCUGGAUCGGCUCCAUCAUGUCCAGCAUCAGACUCUCAGGAGGUCCUCUGGCAUCUGUAGCCUGUGCUAAGCUGGGGAACAGAGUCACUUCCAUCAUGGGAGCCCUACUGGUUACCGCAGGCUUUCUCAUCAGCAUUUUCGCUAACAGUCUCAUCUACUUGUACAUCAGCAUGGGGCUGGUGGUGGGUCUUGGCUUUGCACUGCUGUACCAAGCCUCAUCUGUUGUGACUGCAACUUAUUUCCGUAAGAGGUUAGCCACGGCAUACUCCAUUGGCCGCUCUGGCAUGGGCUUGACCUUUGCGCUGGCACCCUUCACACAGCUGCUUCUGGAUCAAUAUGCAUGGCAGGGAGCUCUGUUGAUUUUGGGUGGUCUGAUGUUGAACCUGGUGGCUUCUGCAAUGCUGCUGCGGCCCAUCCAAAUGCAGCCUGCUGCCUGCCCUCUGCCUUCUUCCCCCAGCCUCAGCAGAGAUCUGCCUGCUUCUCUGACACAAACGGAGAAGGAACCUCUUGAGAACAGUCAAAAAGCGACUCCAGCCAUGUCUAAUAGCAUCACCAAAACAGGAGCGCCUUCCUUUCCCAGGGAUACACUUACUAUUGAGAACACAUCUCUUGGUCACAGAAACCUCCAGGCUAUGGAGCUAACGAACCUGGUCCAAAAUGGUGGCAAUGAAUUGGACAAUUGCCCCAUAAAGGUUUGUCCAGAAAAGAAUGGCAAAUUGACUGCAAAUUCCUUAAUACGGGAGACGGCUGCAACCAAAAAAGCCAAAGUCUUGGACUUCUCGCUCCUAAAAAAUCCUUUCUUUUGCAUAUAUACCUGGUCGCUUGUCUUCAGUCAGUUAGCCUACUUUAUCCCCUACUUCCACCUGUCAGCAAGAGCCAGGACUUUGGGCAUUGACCCCAUGGAUGCAUCAUUUAUCAUAUCUGUGGCAGGUAUAACAGAAACUGUGGCUCAGCUAGCCUCUGGCUGGGUGACAGACAGGAACCUGGUGCAUAAGUACCAUUACCACAAGGCCUAUCUGAUCCUAUGCGGGAUCGUCAACCUGCUCUCUCCCCUCGCCACCUCCUUCAUUCAGCUCAUGAUCUACGCUGUAUUCUUUGCCAUCUUCUGUGGAGGAUACAUGGCUCUGCUCCUUCCAGUCCUGGUUGACUUGGUAGGUUCUGAAAAGGUGAACAACUCUAUGGGUUUUUCCAUGUUCUUUGUGGGACUUGGCUGUCUAACAGGUCCUCCACUGGCAGGUUUUCUGUAUGACUACACCCGAACCUACGACUGCUCCUUCUACUUGGCUGGUGUGUGUUACCUGCUCUCAUCAGUCUCUCUCUUCCUGGAGCCACUCGCACAGCACUGGCAGGCCAGAAAAAAGCAGCAGGAGCUGCUCAAUAAAGAGCUGGGGUGGAGCAGCGGCUGCUUCUGUCCAGCACCUCAGAGAAACGGGCUGGUAUAGCUACACCGCAUGGCCAUGCCACUGACCUUUUUUUUGUUUUGUCCUCCUAAAGUGGACCUGAACCUGUUAGUAGAGCACAAUGGCACCAGCCUUUUGAGGGAAGAAGGUUUUUGUGAAUGGCACAGAGUAUGACCAACUUAGUCGCAAAGUUUGAAGACACCAUCAUGGAACAUUUUAGUUUUUGUGAUCAUGGAUCACAUGAUGUGGUCUCUAAAUUCCAGCAAAAAAAAAAAAAAAAAAAAACUAAA